UCUCCUCCACUUUGUUCUCCCCACGUCUAUCUCCGUUUUAUCUCUCUAGAAACCAGUAGUAUAAUUUGUUCAUCCAAUUUUCUCAAAUCUUUCCAGGAGUUUCAUUCCCAAAAACUCUCUCGAGAUUUGAAGGACAGAAGUUAUCGGGGCGGAAUUUUUUUCUUUCCCGUACGCUUCCGUCUUGUUUCUUUCGUUUGAUUCGCUCCCAUUGAGUCGCUUUUGAACCUCUCGAGCUCCUCUUGAUUGAACACAGCGGCUGGCGAAUUCCGAGUGGAGGAGAUUUGGUGUCUCUGAAUUUGGAAUUUGACUUGGCGGUUUCGCGGAUCAACGGAGUUUGUAAAGGGGAAUUUAUAAUGUUGUGUUCUUCCAUGUCGAUUCGAAGUGCGUAGGGACUUCAUUGUUAAUGAGAGUGUAUGUAUAGUUGUUGAGAUGGACGGUUCGAAGGCCUAGAUUCUCUAAAUUCUACGCUUUGAUGGAACUGAGAAUAUUUUGAUUUUGGAACCUCUCUGUAAAUUAUUUGUGGGCAAACUGAUUCUUCCAUUGAAGAGGCUGAUAAAAUGACCCCUAUGUUGAGCUACGUUGUGUCCAAAUGGGAAGCGUUAUCCACUUCCGAUCAUGCCUCUGUGGUUUCCAUCAACUUAUUUGUGGCACUUCUCUGUGCUUGUAUCGUUAUUGGUCAUCUUCUUGAGGAGAACCGGUGGAUGAAUGAGUCCAUCACUGCCCUCUUGAUUGGUCUGUGUACUGGAGUCAUUAUUUUACUGGUCAGUGGUGGGAAAAGUUCGCAUCUGAUGCUAUUUGACGAAGACACAUUCUUUAUUUAUCUUCUGCCACCUAUUAUAUUCAAUGCUGGGUUUCAGGUGAAAAAGAAGCAGUUCUUUGUUAACUUUAUGACAAUUAUGCUAUUCGGUGCAAUUGGUACAUUAAUCUCUUGUUUAAUCAUCUCAGUAGGUGCUUUGCAGUUAUUUAAGAAAAUGGAUGUUGGAUCGCUGGAUAUUGCUGAUAUUUUAGCAAUUGGAGCAAUAUUUGCUGCAACAGAUUCUGUAUGCACAUUGCAGAUAUUAAAUCAGGAUGAAACACCUCUACUUUACAGUCUAGUAUUCGGGGAGGGUGUAGUAAAUGAUGCUACAUCUGUGGUGCUUUUCAAUGCAAUCCAGAGCUUAGACCUUAGUAAAUUUGAUCCAAAAGUUGCUUUACAUUUUAUUGGGAGCUUCUUUUAUUUGUUUUCCUUGAGCACCCUACUUGGAGUAUUUGUUGGGCUGCUGAGUGCUUACACAAUCAAAAAGUUGUACUUUGGCAGGCACUCAACAGAUCGUGAGGUGGCUCUAAUGAUGCUCAUGGCGUACCUUUCAUAUAUGCUGGCUGAAUUAUUAGAUUUAAGUGGCAUUCUCACGGUGUUCUUUUGUGGGAUUGUAAUGUCUCACUAUACCUGGCAUAAUGUGACCGAGAGUUCAAGAGUUACCACUAAGCACGCUUUCGCUACCUUAUCCUUCAUUUCCGAGACCUUUAUCUUUGUUUAUGUUGGCAUGGAUGCGUUGGACAUCGAGAAGUGGAGCUUUGUUAGUGAUAGUCCGGGGACCUCAGUUUCUGUGAGUGCAAUAUUACUAGGCCUGGUUAUGGUUGGAAGAGCGGCUUUUGUUUUCCCGCUCUCAUUUUUAUCCAACUUAGCUAAAAAAUCGCCGGAUCAGAGAAUUACCUUGAGGGAACAAAUUAUAAUUUGGUGGGCUGGUCUCAUGAGAGGGGCUGUCUCCAUUGCUCUGGCUUAUCAUCAGUUUACAAGAGCAGGACACACUGAAUUGCGAGGGAACGCAAUGAUGAUCACUAGUACCAUAACUGUUGUCCUUUUCGCACUCCUUGCCACCCCUACACACACCGUGCAUCGCUACUGGCGAAAGUUUGACGAUGCCUUCAUGCGCCCAAUGUUCGGGGGCAGGGGAUUUGUUCCCUUUGUUCCAGGAUCGCCAACCGAGAGGAGUGGACACUGAGAAUGAACCCCCAUCAGGGAUGAGGCUCCAUACAGUGUAAGAUAUGUAAAUCAAGAUGGAUUAAAAUUACUUCACCAUAUCAAGUUUUCGAGCAGCAGACAAGGGUGUGCGGUACCAUCGUAUGUUUACUGGGAAUGGCACGGGGAGCCUUCGGUAUGUUCGAUUCUCUCUUGCCUUGCUGCCCUCUCUUAUUUUUGGUACAAAUCCUUAUGAUCUGGUUUUGUUUUUGGUUGUGAAGUUUUCAUAAUGAACUCUAGAGCGAGGGAUAAUGAUAAUAUGGAAGUGGGUUCAAUUUUUGUAUUUUUAAUUGUUUUUGAGAUGAGGAAAAUGUGUGAAGUUUGUAGCCCUCUUAUGACCUCCUCUUACUCUUUUUAAUGUUUAUAAGUGUAUGCAUGCAAUGUAUAGGAAUUGAAUCUCCCCUGUAAUAUAUAUAUAUUUGUAUUUUUUUCGACGAAAA